UCCUUGGAGAUCGUUGGAGGCUUCCACGCUCUACUCAAUGCAAAUAGUCUCCUUGUUGUCCCUACACUUUUGUUUCCAACUGAACUGAUACUCAACAAUUUGAGCUUCUUUACAGAAAACCAAAACAAUGUGGAAAAGUAAUCCAAAGAUGGAUUGCCUGCAGGAAUCAGAAGGUAAACUGACUCUCCCUGCCCUGGCUGACGGUAUAAGUCUGUCAUACAACAAACCACGACCUGAUAAGGACCACUAUGUGAAGCUGAAUGAAAUCUUCUUCACCCUGCAUAGCAAUAAUAUUGCCCGGGUUCCUUUGUCUGUUCGUAACACCAUGGGGCAUUUCACAUCCCGCCACAUGGAGAUCAGCCAUUGGCAGGCCCAUAUUUAUGAGUUAAUCCGGCGGAUAGAAAGAGAAAUCAUCUGUGUGGAGCAGGCGAAAGACACGGCAGAGAACUGUCUCCAGGAGAGGCAGCUGUACAGUCAGCUUAUGAGUGACUGCGUGGCUCUCAGCAGCAGCCUGUGCUCGGAGGGUAUGAGACAGGACCCGGUGUUCCUCAAGCUGAAGAAAGAGGAGCAGACGACCAACGAGAGCAGGGAGGUGCUGCAGAAGCAGAUUUUAAUCCUACUCGACAAGCUAAGCGCUCUGAAAGCAGUCCGUUCUCGGCUGCUGCAUGAUUUUCAAGACAAGGUCGAAGCCAUCAAACUCACCAGCAAAUGUAUCACCUUUGAGGUGGACACCCCAUGCUCUCACAUACCUGCUCCCUCAAUCAAACCAAACCAUGUGAGCUAUGAGACAUGGCUAUCUCACUGCCAAAACCUGAAGCUGACAGCUGAAAACCUGCUGAAGGACUCGGCCGCCUGCAGGGCAAACCUGAUGUUCCUGCUGGCCAAUCUGAAAGACGCCCACGAGCGCCAACGCAACAGCACCGCUGAAGCUCUCAGGAGGAAGAUCCAGGAGCUGACCAAGCUCCAGGAUUCACUGAACUUAGAAAGACAGAAGAUCCUGCAAGAGAUUUCUGAUCUGAACAAAGACAUACAGAGACUGAUCCAGCAUAUUCAGAACUGUGAGUCCAGGCUGCACCAGAUCACCCACCUUCUGGAAAUCCUCAACCAGAGGCCCCGGUUUGAGCUCUGCCUGGACAAUCCCCAUAACGCUCUCGUUCUGGAGAGACAGGACCUGGCAAAGAUGCUUGCUGGUCUUCAGUCGGUGCUGCAGCUCACCCAGCAGAACCUGGCUGUGGCGCAGAGACAUCUGAUCUUUGUGGAGGAGAAACUGCUGAAAAAUGCUCAAACGCUUGAGGUGGCGCGGAAGUGCCAGGCCCUCCACCAGAGCUUCCGGCUGGCCAUUGACACAUCUAUGGUUCUGGGUAACAAACCCAGGCUUUGUAGAAUCACACAGAGCUCCAGCCCUCACCCCGACAUGCAGUAGAUGCAGCUGCUGCUGACUCCUAUAGUUCUAUUCACUGCCAAUAAAAUGCCUAG